UUUUUAUUCUUUUGUAUGAUAGUUAUAAUUAACAUAUUUUAGGAGAUCGAUUAAGUCAAAUAUACAUGUAUGAAAGUGUUUCUUUUCUGUGAAUUUAAAUGUCUGAAUUAAAUUAUCAAGAUGGGUUCAGGAGCCAGUGUUUCAGGUACCAAUAAUAAUAAAGCAACUGUCACACCUCGCAAUGAUCCUGACAUUGACGCAAUUAAGGACAUACAAAAUGUAAUAGCAAAACUUGAGGAUGCUGCUACUGAUACCAACGCUAUAGAUGAAUUUAUCGAUACAUCCCAAAACUAUAGCAGCACAAGUUCCAUUUCCAGGGAAGUGACGGUGAAUUUGGUGACAGAUUCCAUUCAGAAAACAGUAAAUAAUGUUGAUGGUUAUUUUAAUAAUAUCGUCAGACACUUGGAAAAGAUGCGAGCCAAACUUUGCGAGUUCAAGGAAGCAGUGUUUGAAAGAUGUGAACAAUAUUCAGAAAACGAAAAGCUAACUAAACUUAGCAGAGUCCGACAGCAAAUAAAUGUUGUAGAUGAGCUUAUUCUAAAAGCUAAGGGACGGUUAAACGAGGCGAAGAAAGACAAAACGUCUGGUGAUAUGGUAAAGACUUUGAAACGUAAAGUACAAGACCUAGAACUAUUUAAAUCCGAUCUCAGAAAAAGUGAAAAUGACAGUGAAAGGAGUGAAAAAUUUGAUAAAGCACUGAAGAGGGAGGGACGUGAUUAUAUCAUAGACGAUAUCUUAAAAUGGCGAGAUGAAGCAAUGAAGUUAAGAAGACAGUAUGAACAGAUGAAUACUGAACAUGAAAAAUUGAAGACUGAAAGUAAAAAUGAUAUUAUCACUCUACAAAACAAUAACAAGAAAUUCAUGAAUGAAUUGCAAGAACUGCGACAAGAAAAUGACAAAGCUGAAGAGAAGGUAGCGCAAUGUGAAGCAAGAGUGCAGCUUGCUGAAGAAAAGUUACUAGAUGAACGAUUAUCACACGAAGUUGAGAUCAAUUCUCUAAAAGCAAUGCUUGAAAAGAGAGAUGAUAUUAUAGCAAAACUAAUGGGAAAAGGUAAUCCACAGACACCAGAUCCAGAACAUGGUCAAGUUCGCCUUUCACCAGAAGGAAUAGUUGGAUCCUCAGUUAAUGAAGCUAAAGGGAAAAGUCCAAGUCCUGAAAGCAACGAGAAUCAAGGCAAUGAAGGAAACAGUGAUUCCAAAUCAGAAAAUAGCCAAAGGGAUGAAGAUGAUUCGGAAAUAACUCGUCUUUUAGCUCAUAUAAAAGAAGACAAGCAUGAAAACGAUGAUGUUUCGCCGGAUGAUAACAAAGAAGUCCAAGAAGAAGCACCGGAAUUAUCUAUAGCUAAAAGUCCAGCCGAAACGUCCGAACGUGAGAUACAGAACUCACAGGAACUUGUGCCAACUGUGGAAGACAAAGAAAGCAGUGUACCAGAAACACACGACGGACAACAAGAUAGACAAACUGAAAAUAACACAAAAACUGAUGAUACAAAACAUCAAGAAAUCAUUAUGUAUGAAGAAGGAACAUUGAAAGAAAUAGCAUAUAAACGAAAUGACAGUGAAAUAGACGGAAAUCUAUCAUACCAUAAAGGUGUUGGCGCGGUCCUGCAGACGACUUGUCAAGAGUUUGGUGUAGAGAGUAUCUCGUGUGACAUCAUAGAUGAACUCGAGAAUAACAUGCUUCCGGAUUUUGUCGAAGGUGAAAGAGCUGUCAGCUUCCAGAUACAUUUUCAGAAGAAAUUAGGCAGUGAUUUUACUCUGAAAGAAGGAGAAUCGUUUAAAUUAUUUGUACCACAUCGACAUGUGUACGAGUUCGAGGAAGCAAGUUUGAUACAAUCUGUGAACGGUGGCGACUGGGAACCAUGCGAUCCUAUAGAUGAAACACCGUCUUCAUUUGAUGACGUGCAAAUAGUAUGUACGGAGUUAUCUGACCUUACAGACAUAAAGCUGAUAGCUAUAGCACGAGAGAAGGUCGAGUACAUCAUUGCCGGAGAGAGUGACGUCGACCAGACGUCAAAAUACGACCAGUCUGUUACUCUAAGAAUGCCGAAGGAAACUUUCAAAUCUAGAACUGAAGUGAAAUUAUUGGUACACGAUACUCACCGUCGGGAGAUGCUUACAGCUAUAGAGAUCCACGACGAAUGUAAACAGAUCAUGUCCUGUACAUCGUUUGUCUCAAUUAUCUGCGAACAAAUGACUAAGGAAGAUUUCUCAGUAAUUAUGCAGCUACCAGAAGAUAAAGAUGCUGAAUGUAAAUAUACUAUGUUCAGCCUAGACGACCAUGGUUGGACAUUGGCGGAUUGUGAAUGGAGUAAAGGAGAAAAAGAGCUGGCGGUCCAUCUAAUGGCAGGUGCUAAAAAAUACAGAAUAAUUGGUUUGGAACUGCCUAAAGACAUGAGUGCGGAGGAGAAGUUUGAAGCUGUAAAGUGGCUACAUGAUCACACCAGUCAUUACCUUGUGAGGCUGUUGUUCAGACAAAGAGAAGACGAUCCCACACAAGCCGUCGUCAUUUGUCUAGGAUCUAAAAUUGUUAAAAGAGGAAUCUACGAGUUAAAAGAACUAGGGUAUUCUGUGGGAGGGUAUCCAAGUUCUCAGUUCUGUUUGUUAGAGGGAGACGUCCUGUCACUACAAUUUGAAGGGGAGAUAACUGCAACCCCUGUUUACUCAGAGAAGAUGGAAAUGGCGUUCUAUCCACAAAAAGAAAUAGCUACAAAACAGUUGAAAUUACAUUCAGCCGGUAAAACUGAAGGUGAAGACACCCAGCCACAAGGCCAGCUAAGCGUCUUCAAGAAAAAUGACUCGGAGAAAAUAAUUCUAGGGGAGACAAUAAACUUCCAAAUAGAAAAACAAGCCGACUUUGACGGGCGAUCUGAACAUACAAAAGUUACUAAAGAUGACAAAGUUGACGAAUCAAAAACGAAAGAAGCUGCCGUAUAAGUUUGCAUGAUUUAAUAAUUAAUAGGACACUUUAAAAUGUUAUCAUGAUUGUUAAAGUCUUUAAAUUGCGUGUUGUUAGAAUCUGUAUCAAUACUUGAGAUGAAUUGUUGUGUGUCUUCUGGGUGCCCUACUUGGGUGUGUCGGAGGCUGCGUCAUAUGUACGUUGCCUUUACCUUGUUGAUCUUUAUUCUUGUUUUUUUAUUGAUUGUCAUAUUAUUUAUGUUUACGAAAAUGGAAUCGUAUAACCGAUAAUCAGUAGGAUAGUGUUAUGCUGUUUUACUUAACGGAAGAUAUUGCUAUGUUAAACCUUUUUUUCUACUUGUAUGUUACUAUACCAUAAUUAUUAUGUAUUACGUUUAAAUAAUAAUAACAUCAAUUCUCAUUAUCAUGCUCUUUGCUAUGAAUUUGCCCUUGAAAUGAAAUACGUUUUAU